AUAAAUAGGAGGAUUUCUGACUGAACGAUCAGAUGUGAGUGAGUGGUGAGGAUGCUGAGGGGCGUAGCGGCGUCGUGCCCCUCAUGGUCAGCCUUCAGGGACUAACCCGCCCGCCACUCGCUGCCUGGGAGCGGAGGGAACAGCAGCCCCGCACUUCACCGCUCUCUGCCGUCCUCCAACCUUCGCGGAUAACAGGAGAGGAGCCUGCUUCUGCUUCUGCCUCGCGGGGGAGUGAACUUACCAUUCAAACAGGCAGUUCGGAGCGCGUGCUCUCGCUCGGAGCUCUCGCGGCGGGGCUGACUCGCGCCUACCAGUCCGCUCCGCGCGCAGCCUCCGGCGGCCACGGCACGCCGACAAGUACCGGGACGCCGCUCGCCGCUCCGGAGCGACUUCAGGUUGAUAAGAGAAGAGUGAAAGACUCAGCAGUCACUGACCCUGCAGAGUAAACACCUGAUUGGUAAAAGCAGUUUUCACACAGAACACACGCUGUCCUCUGGUGGAUUUCAAGAUCUUUUCAAACUAACAAUACGGACACCUUUGACUGAGGACGUUUAUGAACUAAAUCCUCAUCUCUCUGCAUAGUAAGGACGCCGGGGUUUUCCACAUUACACCAUGUGAUUGAAAUAUUUGUGGAUCUAAACUCGCCACGAUGCCAUUUCCCUUCACUGCACUCUCCGAGUUUUCAACCAAGUGACUUUGUGACAAAAUGUCUUUGGUCAAACGGAGAAAGUUCAGGACUUUUGCUCUCCUGCUGUGCGUCAUUACCUUCACCACGCUCCUGUUCAGCUACACUUUCCGGGACCCGUCGCUCUACUUCUUCAAGUACUUCCGGCUCUCGGACAGCUUCUUCUCCAAGGGGCCGUGUUCCUGUCGACAGUGCGUCGCCGAGCUGGAAGGCGACCCGUGGUUCGCCGAGCACUUCAACCUCUCCAUCCACCCUCUGAUGACCAGGGAGAACAGCUUCCUCUCUGAGGAGACCUUUAAAUGGUGGCAGUGGUUGCAGUCAGAGAGGCAGCCGGCCAACUUCUCCGAGGUGGUGGAGGAGCUGUUCCAAGUCAUCCCCGACGACGUCCUCUAUGUGGACGCCAGCCCCGAGCGCUGCCGGAGCUGCGCCGUGGUGGGGAACUCCGGGAACCUGAGGCGGUCCCGCUAUGGUGGCCUCAUUGACGCCUGCGAUUUCAUCAUAAGGAUGAACCAGGCUCCUACCAGUGGAUUCGAGGAGGAUGUCGGAACACGCACCACUCACCAUGUCAUGUACCCAGAAAGCGCCAUAGACUUGGACAACACCACCAGCCUGGUUCUGAUCCCGUUCAAGACUCUGGACCUGCAGUGGGUCAUCAGUGCUCUGACCACUGGCGCUAUCACACACACAUAUUUACCAGUUAGGGCCAGGAUAAAGGCAAACAAAGAUAAGGUGUUAAUUUAUAGUCCAACUUUUUUCAAAUACGUCCACGAGUCGUGGCUCGAAGGUCAUGGACGAUAUCCGUCGACUGGCUUCCUCAGCUUGCUGCUUGCUCUCCACAUAUGUGACGAGGUCAGCGUGUUCGGAUUUGGCGCCGACCGGUAUGGAAACUGGCACCACUAUUGGGAGGAGAACCAUUUGGCUGGAGCUUUCAGACACACCGGAGUCCAUGACGGAGAUUAUGAAUAUAAUGUCACCUUGCUGCUGGCGGACAAGCACAAAAUCCGAAUGUUCACUGGCAGAUGAUACCGAGCAUGGGAUGACCGGCGAAUGAACGUCACCGAACUUUAAAUGAUAAAAAAAAAUACAAGCAAAAUGCUAAUUUCAUUGUGUCUGCAAAUAUGUCUACUUGACCUCUUUUAUACAGGCCGGUUAUUUCUUAUUAGCUUGAAUCUGCUGUCACGGUAAUUAGAAACUUUCUGUCAAAUGGAUGUUUCAUUGAGGAGACAAAAAGCAACACUGCCGCUUUCCAGAAGCUUACGUUCCACCCCAGACUGAGCAGCCAGGAGGAAAAUAAAGAUGCAUGCCGUAUUAAAAUGCCAAUGUCACAUGAUUAAACGUUUCCCUCUGUUUUCUUUUUGUUUUCUCCUAACCAACUUUAAUUUUUUUUUCUUUCUGUGCGACUUUCUGUGGACAUCUUAAGCCCUUGUGUUAAUGAAAUUGAAAGAACAAAGCCGUUCUGUCAGCAGCAGAAAGACAAAGUGCUACAUUAGACUCCUGAUGUAUGCAUACGGAGACCUGAAUUGCUAAAAAGGCUCAUUUGUUUUUGAAGCUGCUAAGCCCUGCGUUUAUGGCCAAAAAGAAAAACUAGUGUCAGAACCCUAGUGACUGAGGUGUAAAUCUUAUUCAGAAAUCGACACAAUCCGAGAGUUGAGGCGUCUUGGUUUAAUGGCCAUCAUGACAAAGUCUCGGUUGUUUUUAUUGCGCCGAUCAAUUCUGGCAUUACUCAUUUCCAUCACGUCGCUCCUUGCGUGUGUCCUUGCAGAUGUUUGACGAUCGAAGAUCAUUCUUAAACUUAUCCCCCAAGGAACGCAUUUUAUUACAAUGUGACAUUUAUAAAAUAUAUAUUUAUAUAUAAAACACCCACUGGGCUGCAGCCAGCCUUCAAGAAUAACUGAUUUUGUUAGCCUUCAAACAUAGUAUUAUCCAAACUGGGAACAUUUCAAUCAAACAAUAAACAUAUUCCUUUUUUAUUAUUUUUUACAUUUUGGUAAUUGACUGAAAGUGGAUUCAGUCUGUUAUUUUUUUCCCCAAAAAUGUUUUCCAAUUUUAAAAUACAAUCUAAAAAGAAAUGCAUUUACAUGCAUAGAAAAGUAAUUUGUCCUGUUGGUUGUUUGAUUGGCUUAAUGGGGGGGGAUAGCAUAGAACACACUGGAAAAUUACAUUUUUGACUUGGAAAGUCAGAUUUCUUACCAAGCUCUGAUCUCAAAAUCCAACAUGGCUGCCACACUUUCAAAAGAUGUUUCAUGUAAUUCCGAAAGUAAUUUCCCUAGUGUUUUUGGCACUUCUGACAAUUUAUAUAUCAUUCAGUGACAUUGUGCAUUAUUGGUAGGUUAGAUCAGAAGUAUUCAUACCCCCGGCAGAUUUAGGUAUAAAGUACUCUUAAUCGUACUUUCUUCUGAUUAGAAUUAGCAUAGAUGCACUGGAGAAGCCAUGCUCGUGUCCACAACUUGAAUCUGACAAAGAAAGUGUGGAGGGAGUUAAUGAUUAGGGUGAUGGAAAAGAGGUUUCCCCAACCUUGAAUAUAAGCUCCAGCAGACAUGGAGCUUAUAUCGUCGUUAAAACAUGCAAAAAUAAAAACUGGAAUGCAAUUAUGAGAAGCAUUUGCUUCAAAGACAAAAGUAUUAUUACAUGUAUUAUUGAGAAAGGUGUAAAUAAUUUUCUGCGAGGCAUUUUUUAAUUCAAUCUAAUUGAAAAGACAUUUUUUAAGAUGUAUAUACUUAUUUCAGUUUUUUAUUUCUCCUUUGAAGAAAUGUAUCUCUCUUUCCCUAUCAGAAAUUAUCUUAUUUGAAUGAAAGCAAUGUUAAAUCUCAUUAUUCCAGGGGUAUGGAUAGUUUUGGGCUUACCUGUGUUUGCCAACAUGUUCCUUUGGUAAAUAAAAAGGCAAAGCAAUAUGUUGCUGGUGGCCUGUAUUACUAACUCCACACAAAUAGCUAAUCCCACUGACAGUUUAACUUGGAACUGGAGCAAAGUUUACUUGGUCAUGAUGUCAUUCCAGCUUCUGAGGUAAACGGAACAAACAUUCAUAUGGAGCUAAAUUGGGGCCAUAAAGUAAGUUCAAAUGAAAAAAAUAAAUAAACUGGGGGAAAAAAUGGAAUCUGAAAAGUACUUUGAACUUUUUUUUUUCAAUUUCAAAACAUUUCUUUCUGUUUCAAAUCUUUAUUUUCAGUUUACAUUUUUUUGGCCCUAAUUUAUCUCCAUACCCUUAGCUUUGGCUUAGCUACCCUCCUGAAAUCAUCAUGUUUAAAAAUACUUAAUGCACUUUCUAGAACAGCUAAAUUACUCACCCAGAAGCUAUUUUCCCAAUGUAUGCAUCUACUUAGAGUUUGGGCCUUAAGGAUAAGAAUCACCAUGAUUGGGUUUCAUAUGACAUAGCCUGCAAAAAUAUGCCUUAUAGAGUGCAAUUUUUAUGUACAUAGUGACACAUUUGGAAUGAAAAGUAGAUGUAAGUGCCUUCAUGGACAGUUUUUGACAUUUAUUUUACCAUCAAAUUCAGCUGUAUUCUGAUAUUUACAAAUUUGUAAUGUCUGUUAUUGUCUGUUCUAAUUUUUUUUUUUAAAUAAUUCAAAUGGUAUAUGCAGUAUAACGAUCUAAAAGUUACAAUUAAGAUGUCGACAUGUUUAGUUUGUCAGUUUUGUCAGCAUCAUUCCAUGUAGUGGAGGUUUGAAAUUAGAAUCUACUUGCUAAGCUACUGUAUAUAUUUAAAUAUUAAUUUCUCUGUGGUUGAGGGGGAUAAAAGCAUAUCCAUUCACACUCCACAGUGGGUUUUUUUCGAACAGACUUUUCAGGCACUUAGGUUGGGUGCUGUCUCCUGAUUGGUUAAGAUUUGCUCCAUGUGCCUUGAAACCAAACGUUGCAUUGUGACCUGCUUUACAUGUCUUCGCAAAUCUGUAGAGUUGUCUGAAGGCUGUUGCUGUUUAUUUGUUCUACAGGGAACACUGUCAUCUAGUGGACAAGCAUCACGUCUAUUAGGGUUAAUAGACCCUAUUUUCUUCACGUCUAUUAACCCUAAUAGACGUGAUGCAAUACUAACGGUAAACACUUUGUUUCAUUGUCCAUCUUUUAAAUAAUAUUUUUGAGUGUUUGAAAUUCAUGGAUGAAGCAACAUGUCAACUUUACUGACCUGAGAAGUUUCGCUGAUGUUGACCUGAGUGGGACAGACGCAUGAUUAAAAUUUAAAUAAUUUAGUUAUUCAGCCAUCUGUGGAUACCCAGCCAAUGUAUAAACUGUUUUUGGAUGAAAGAUGUGUGUGCGGGGAGAGGGGUAAAUUAUUCAUAUGUGAUUCAAAAGAGAAAUAAUUGCUUAUGAAUAAAAAUCAGUAUUUUA